AGACAAAAGCCCAGCAGCAGCGCCAGCAGCACAUCAACAGUGUAGUGAUUGUAGCAGAGAGGAAUGGCCACCCAGAGGGCGACGGAGAAGCUGUAGCAGCAGUAGCGCAGCAGCGGCAGCUGCAGCAGCAGCAGCAGCAGGGUGCGCAGCCUGCUGCGGGGCCCGCUGCGGCGGCGGCGCGGCCGCGGCGGGGCGCCUGCGGGGGCGCCAGCAGCAGCAGCAGCAGCAGCGGCGGCGGCGGCCGUGGCGUCUGGGGGCAGCUGCUGCGGGCAGAAGCAGCGGGCUGCUGCUGUUGCUGCUGCGCUGCUGCAGCCGUCCUUGCGGAGCCGGAGCCAGGUCCUUGCGAAGAGGAAGCACUGGUGGAGGAAGCAGCCGGCGAGGGGCGUUGCUGCUGCUGCUGCUGCUGCGCCGCAGCGGACGUCGCUGCAGCAGGCGCCGCAGCAGGCGCAGCAGCUGCAGCAGCGGCGCCGCCGCGCACCCCCCCCGCUGCUGCUGCUGCUGCUGCAGCGGCCGUAAAAAGCCCAAGACAUGCAGCAGUGCAGCAAAUUCAAAGAGUGGCCAGAAAUGAUCAUUCCUGCACACUCCACAUUCUGGCCAAGACUUUGCUUCAGAACUUCUCUGAAGAAGUCUGUGGGGCCCCGCGGGCGCCGCGGGCAGCAGCCAGGCCUAGCAGCAGGAACUGUUGUAACAAAAAUGGCAGCAGCACGAAUCCAGAAGCCAGCAGCAAUGAGGCAGCAGCAGCGGCUGAGGACCUGCAGGUUGUGGGGAAAGGGCAGCAGCAGCAGGUGCCGCAGCAGCGUGCUGAACACGCAGCAAAACGUGCACAGGUCCACUGCAGCAGCAAGCCACGCAGGUGCAGCACGCCGCUGCAGCAGCUCGUCGUGCAGCCGGUCCCGCAGCGGCGGCUGCAGCAAAGGAUCAUAAAAAGAGUCUGCUGCUAUGGAGACCAUGCUGAUGCACACAAUCGUCAGCAGCAGGAACAGCAGCGUCAGCAGCAGCCGCAGCAGCUGCCGCCGCCACCCGCACCCGCUCGCCCAGAUCCCCAGCCACUCCAUCGCAGCAGCAGCAGCAGCAGCAGCAGCAGCAGCAGCAGCGGCAGCGGGGGCGCUGCGGGGAAGCUCUUCGCAACGGCUGCGCACUUCUGCUGCUGCGCUGCUGCUGCAGCACUCGCGCUUCACUCCCGCAUGCAGCGCUCGGCCGUCGCCCACCCGCCCUCGCCGCUAAACGGAACAGCAGAUCCUCCUCAACCUGCUGCUGCUGCUGCUGCUCCUGCUGCUGCUGCCCGGGCCCCCGCUGCUGCUCCUGCUGCUUCCGCUGCUGCUGCGCAGGCUGCUGCUGCGCAGGCUGCUGCUGCGCAAGCUGCAGAUCACGAUACCGCUACUGCGCGCGCCGCCCGGGGUGAGGCCCCCGCUGCUGCCGCCGCUGCUACUGCCGCUGCUGCUGCUGCUGCUGCUGCUGCAGUUGGCGCUGCUGCUGCGGCCCCCGCUGCUGCUCUACCUCUGGAGGCCCGUGAUAAGUGGACUUGGGCGGAAAGCUGA